CCAAGCAGUUAACGAUAACAAAUAAUUGUAACGUUGUUUUUGCAUAGAUUAUCUUUUACAGUGAAUCCAAGAAAAUGACGAAUUUCUCGCGUGUUUGUCGAUAAAUAAAGCGUGUAUAAAAACAGCCGCCAACUCGAUUAUUUCAAACGCAGUCAACAUGUUAUUUGCUACGUUUGUAUCAUGCGUUCUGAUCGGGUCCACUUUGGCCGUUCAGUUUGAUAUCACCAACAAGGAUGGCGGUGAAAUUUGGGUCGGGAUCCAAGGAAACAGCGGAAAAGCAGCCUUAGAGAACGGCGGAUUCAAAUUGGGACAAGGACAAACGAGAUCCGUACAAGCCCCUAACGACUGGGCAGGCAGAUUCUGGUCCAGACAAUGGUGUGACUCCGGCAAUGGGCAAUGUGUAGUAGGAAACUGUAAUGGAGUGGAAUGCCAAGGCAGAGGAGGCAACCCCCCAGUCACUCUGAUCGAAAUCACUCUGGCCGGUUGGGGAGGUCAAGAUUUCUACGACAUCUCAUUGGUCGAUGGCUAUAGUUGCCCAGCUACUAUUACCCCAAUUGGUGGUCAAGGAAAAUGCAGAGCACUAAAAUGUCUUGCUCGUAUCAACGACCAAUGCCCGAACGAUUUGAAGGUAAACACUCAGCAUGGCGUUCUUGGAUGUAAAUCGGCCUGCUUGCGUUUCAACACGGACCAAUACUGCUGCAGAGGAGCUUAUGGUACCAAAGAAACCUGUAAAACCGAUCAAUGGGCUGUCAACUCGGCCAAAUUCUUCAAACAGCAAUGCCCAGAUGCUUACAGCUAUGCCUAUGAUGAUGACACCAGUACCUUUACUUGCAAGGCUCAGAAAUACGCCCUCACCUUUGGAGGUUAAACUGUACAAUAGUACAAAAUGUGUAGAAAAGAAUUAUAUUUUUUAAUAAAUCAACAAAUUGUUCAUAUUUAAAACCA